AUGUCUACACCGGCGAAAAGAAGACUUAUGCGUGACUUCAAGCGUAUGCAACAAGAUCCUCCUUCGGGAGUGUCAGCGCUGCCACUUCCCGAUAAUGUGAUGAAAUGGAAUGCAGUGAUUAUAGGUCCUAGUGAAACGCCCUUUGAAGAUGGGACAUUCCGUCUUCUAAUGCAAUUUGACGAACAAUACCCGAAUAAACCCCCAGUAGUCAAGUUCAUAAGUGAAAUUUUCCACCCUAAUGUAUAUGCGUCAGGUGAAUUAUGCUUGGAUAUUUUGCAAAAUAGAUGGAGUCCCACUUAUGAUGUGCUGAGUAUAUUAACCAGUAUACAAAGUUUAUUGAACGAUCCUAAUAUCAGUAGUCCGGCGAACGUUGAAGCGGCAAAUUUAUACAAAGAUCAUCGAAGCCAGUAUGUUAAGAGAGUUCGGGAAACUGUGGAGACAAGUUGGAAUGACGAGAGUAGUGAUGAGGACGACGAUAAUGAAGAAGAAGAAGAGGGUGAAGAUGCAGAAAUGUAG